AUGGCGGCCGAGUACCGGAUUGGGCGGGCGAGCCUCCGGACGUGUCUUCUGCUGUGUCUACCACUCGCUCAUGCUUUCUACAUCCCCGGCUGGUCGAUCAAGUCAUACGCCAACGGCGAACCAAUCCCACUGUUCGUGAACAAAGUGUACAGCGACAACACCCAAAUACAAUAUGCAUACUCGGAGCUGCCCUUUGUAUGUCCGCCGUCAGGACGGUCGCGACCGGGUACCGGUUUGAUAUCCGGCUCGAAUGUCGCAUUGAAUCUGGGAGAGGUGCUGCGCGGAGACCGGAUCAUGGUGUCAGAUUACGAGUUGGAGAUGAACAAUGACGACGAGGUGCACUACCUCUGCUCGCAAAAGGUGGAUGAGGCAGGCUUGAAGAAGGCGAUUGAGGUGGUCAAGCAUGGCUACGUCGCCGAGUGGAUUGUCGACAACCUGCCGGGCGCGACGAGCUUCGUUACCGUGGACAAGAGCCGGAAGUACUACGCUUCGGGCUUCAAGAUGGGCUAUGAGGAGACCUCGCUUACCACGGGACAGUCCAAGUACUUUCUCAACAACCACGUCACGCUCAUGAUUCGGUAUCAUCGCGCGCCGGGCAAGGACGGACAGCGUGGCAGGAAGGUGAUUGUGGGGUUUGAGGUCUACCCCAAGUCGAUCGAGGCGGAGAACCGCGAUGCAAACGGACUCUCCUCAGCUGUCGUUGCGUUGGAUACGGAGAUCGAGCAGUCCACCUUGACCAUCCCAUACACGUACAGCGUGUAUUGGCGCGAAGAGGAUAAGCUCGGAUGGGGCAAUCGGUGGGACCUCUACUUCGUCGACCAGGAAGACAGCACCAAGAUCCACUGGCUCGCCAUUGUCAACUCGCUCGUCAUCUCCGGCUUACUAACAGCAGUCGUCACUGUCAUUCUUGCUCGCACCAUCCGCUCGCGCAAAAACAGCAGCGAGAAACUCCCCGGCCUCCUCGAUCAACUCGACAACGACACCACCCUACCCGCCGCCGCCGCCUCCUCAGACAUCGACUCCGACGACGAUAUCCCCGAAGACAUCACCGGCUGGAAACUGGUCCACGGCGACGUCUUCCGCCCCCCACCCUACGGCCACUACCUCGCCCCGCUCAUCGGCUCCGGCACCCAACUCCUCCUCAUGUCCCUCGGCCUCAUCACCCUCUCCUGCCUCGGCCUCCUCAACCCCUCCUACCGCGGCGGCUUCAUCACCGUCGGCAUCAUCCUCUUCCUCCUCGCCGGCGCCCUCUCCGGCCACUUCUCCGCGCGCAUCUACCGCACCUUCGGCGGCACGAACUGGAAGCACAACGCCAUCCUCACCGCCACCCUCUUCCCGGGCCUCUUCUUCGCCACCAUCUUCCUCCUGAACCUCUUCGUCUGGGCCCAGGCCUCCUCCACCGCCAUCCCCUUCGGCACCCUCCUCGCCCUCCUCGCCCUCUGGCUCCUCAUCCAACUCCCCCUCGUCUACAUCGGCUCCUGGCACGGCUACCUUCGCUCGGGACCCUACCCGCACCCCAUCAGCGCCACCGCCCUCCCGCGCCAAAUCCCGCACCCCCAACCCUGGUACACCCGGCCCCUCCCCUCCGUCGCCCUCGCCGGCAGCAUCCCCUUCGCCAUCCUCUUCAUCGAACUCCUCUUCGUCUUCAAAUCCCUCUGGCAGGACAAGAGCGGGUAUUACUACCUCUUCGGCUACCUCGCCGUCAUCACCACCAUCACCCUCGUAUCCGUCAUGCAAACCACCGUCAUCGCGGUGUACAUCCUCCUCUGCCAUGAAAACUACCACUGGUGGUGGCGCAGUUUCGCGGUCGGCGCGUCGAGUGGCGCGUGGGUGUUUGCGUAUUGUGGGUAUUAUUUCGUGCAUCAUCUCCGGGUGGUGGGGUGGGGGUCCGGAGUGUUGUUCUUCGCGUAUAGUGCGCUCGCGUGUCUGGUGUAUGCGUUGUUGAUGGGGACGGUGGGGUUUUUGACGGGGUAUGCGUUUGUCCGGCGGAUUUAUGGGGCGGUCAAGGUGGAUUGA